GAAGAGUUUGCCGAUCGAUUCAAUUUAGCCGAAUGUCAGUUAGCUAUCCUUCACUGCGCCGGACAUCACGACCCGAACCUAAUUGAGACCAUUUGGCGAAACAUUAUUGAUAGUGACUUACGAGCGGUCAGUUCCAUGUCUUCCGACGCCCAGAAGAAUCUAAUUUGUAAUAAAAUCAAACAUUUGGCCAAACUAUACAUGAGUUCUGAGAAAUAUUUCCCAAUCGAAUUUAUUGUCAAAUACUUGGAGACGAAAACACAGAACUUUGAGUUUGAGUCGCAAUGGCUUACAGAGAGUCUACUGGAAAUGGGCGUCAAAUUAACGGAUUUACUCGAUCUCUACCAUAAACUCUAUAAAUCACGUGAAUUAUCCACUUCUUGGCCGCGAAAACAAAUACAUUUGCUUCGAGUUCUGGCUUUUAUUAUCAAUGCGUUUACUUUUAACCAGUCUUUGGUCUCAUUUUCUGAAAGGCGUCACUUUUGCACCAAAAGUCUGGACGUAUUGUCCGCUUAUUUAAUUGAUUUACAAACGAUGGACUCCGAGGACAGAGCCGUUAGAAGUCUGUUAUACGACUUGAAAGCAAUCAAAGCCAAAGUCGAGCGAUGCGUUUGAUUUGCAUUUUAUAUAUUAUUUGAAUUUAUUUUAAAAUAAGUUUUAUAUUAAUUAUUAAUAAAUAAAAAUUUAUUCACAAUUUAUUAAAAA